AAUGCUCAAUCAAAAGUCAAGACUCACGUGCAUCCAAUGGACGUUCAAAUGGCAGUAUUUCACUGCUCAGACAGCUUUUUGAAGCAGAACAUGAUUACGAAGCUAUCACAAUGUCAGUACGCCUUACCUUUCCUUGUUCCUGACCCCGUCACAAUGGAGAUUCACUGUCCUCUGUGGACAUUCAGACAAAUAAGAAAAACAUGGAAGAUAACUGAAAUGAAAGAUAACUCAAACUGUGUCACCAUGAAGAGUAUGCCCAUCUGCAAAGCGGACACACCCUUGGUGUCAUUCCUCCGCCUGGGUUCACCAUCCGUGUCUAAAUCUCAGCUGAUGAACACUUUGAUCAACGAUCGUCACAACACCUUCUUCCACAGAGACUGCCCAGGGAGCACCAGGUCUCGCCAUCUGAUGGAUGGUGUGGCAGAGAUUGCAUGGUACUUCCCGGCUGGAAAAGCCAAUGAUGCCUUCACUGACUGCAUUGCCUUCUGUAAUCUUCAUGGUGAUGCUGUGUCAGUUGUUCAACAGCGUGACAUACUGACUGACAAAUCUUCAGUCAAUGUUGUUCUUGUACCAACUCUGGAACAAGGUGACAAAAGCGCUACGGUUAUCUCAGCCCUUUACAAGUCUCCAAAACCUCUCAUUAUUCUCAUUUCUGAGAACGAUUGUGGUGCUGUCCAGAUGAAAAAGGGAAAAUACAAAAUGGGUUUAAAGGGUCGAAGCCAGUCAGAUGUUUCUGAAGAACUGAAAAAAAUCCUUGUAAAGAUUUUGUCUGGACCACAUUCAUCCUUCCAGCUUGAAUCCAUGGCUGAAGUUUCUGGAGUCAAAGUGGAUGAAGAUGAGGAAUUCUGCCAGAAAGGAAAAUCUGCUGCAAUGAAAAUGGUGGACUUGCUUCAGAAGAUGGAUGUUUCAGAGAUCAAAGAUACAUAUCUUUCAUGUCAAGGCAAACUGUGGCAUGAAUGGUGCAAAAUCAACAAAGAGCUGUAUCACCUCAAAGGAAACAUUGAGCUUGAGAAAUGUCAAAAGCAAGACAAACAGGAGCAAAUACGUCAAGCUCAAUGCAACGCUUCCUGUAGUAAACCGAUGACAGUGUUCAUUGAAAGCCUCUCAUCUUCGUCAGCAACAGAAAAAGAGUAUUUUCUGAAAUGGACUCAGAUCUUAUUAGAUGCCCUCUCCACAGACGAUCUCUCUUCAAUUCUCCAAACCUAUGAUGAAAAGUGGGCUGAGCUCUUGGCCUUGAAGAAAACGAAGGAGCAGGACAAGACUGCUCAGCUAAAAAGAAAGCAAACUGAGCUCAAUGAAAUAUCAACAAAAGUGCAGUCAGCAACAUUUGGCUUGGAGCACAUCUUCAGAGAAAUGGGACAGAUCUAUGAAGCUCAUGCAGCUCUAGAGAAACAACCAAAGAGUGACCAGACUGACUGGUCUAAAUACCCUGAGCUGGCUGCAGAGAUGAUGAUAUCAGGACAACCAAUGGAGCUGAUGGAUGGUGAUGCAGGUCAUGUACCUUUAACAUGGAUCUCUGGUAUUUUAGAUGAAGUCAUCAAGAAACUGGGAGACAAGAGAGUUUUUGUUUUGUCAGUGUUAGGCGUACAAAGCAGUGGAAAAUCAACCAUGCUGAAUGCCAUGUUUGGGUUGCAGUUUGCAGUGAGUGCUGGCAGGUGCACCAAAGGUGCCUUCAUGCAGCUGAUGGAAGUGUCAGAGGAGAUCAAGAAAGACUUUCAGUUCGACUACAUGCUGGUGGUGGACACUGAAGGACUGCGUGCUCUUGAGUUGGAAGGUAACACUCUCCAACACGACAAUGAACUGGCAACAUUUGUGGUUGGUCUGGGCAACAUGACACUGAUCAACAUCUUUGGAGAGAAUCCGGCUGAGAUGCAAGAUGUUCUGCAGAUUGUGGUUCAGGCUUUCAUGAGGAUGAAGAAAAUUAAACUUUCUCCAAGUUGUAUGUUUGUUCACCAGAAUGUUACAGAUAUUGCUGCCACAGAGAAAAACAUGGAUGGGAAGCGACGGCUGCUAGAAAAACUGGACAAGAUGACCCAACUAGCAGCCAAAGAGGAGGUUUGUGUUGCCGAGUGCUUCAGUGACAUCAUUGCAUUUGAUGUGCAGAAAGAUGUGAAAUACUUUGCCCAGCUUUGGGAGGGAAGUCCACCGAUGGCUCCUCCAAAUCCAGGUUAUAGUGAGAGUGUCCAAGAGCUGAAGACCAUCAUCCUCUCAAAAGCUUCGCAGUCAGCUGGGAUUACUCUCUCGCAGUUCAAAAGCAAAAUUAAGGACCUGUGGAACGCCCUGAUGAACGAAGAAUUUGUUUUCAGUUUCAAAAACACACUUGAAGUUGCAGCGUUCAGAAAACUUGAGGUCCAGUAUGGGAACUGGACCUGGAGCCUGAGGAGCAAGUUGGAGACCAUUAAGAACGGGUAUCUUCAGAAAAUUGGAGAGGGAACACUUGCCGAGGUCAAGCUCAGUCAUCUUCAUAAACAAUCAAAUGAAACCUAUGAGGAAAUCAAAAACGCAAUGGUAACAUACUUUGAUGAUGACACAGACAAAGAAAUGUUGGUUCAGUGGCGAGGCCGAUUUGAAAGCAAAAUCAAGGAGUUUCAUGAUGAACAAGUGAAAGGAGUUAAAAGAAAACUGGAUGAAGUCAUCGUGCAGAAAUGUGCUUGUAGAAAGCUCGAUGCUAAGAAGACAGAGUUUGAGAACAAGCUGCUAGAAAAGAGCAGAGAACUCGCUCAUCAGUUAAAGGACCAGAACAAAGAUGAAAAGGAACUUGAAAAGCAGUUCAACUGUGUUUGGAGGGACUUGGUUAAAGAACUAAUUGCAGAUACAAAACCUAUUGAGGACAUCGACUAUGAAGAAGAUCAAUCAACAGUCCUCCAGGAGCUUGGUUUUGAAUAUUCUCUCAUCGAUGAAUCCAGAAGAAGUGCCAGAUACAAAGAAAUAGCAAUGGCUGGUGAUUACACUCCUUAUGUAUCUCAGACCAAGCAUCGCGAUCAGUGUAGCACAGGCCAACAAUGUAACACUACAGGAAAGGGAAACAGUUCUACUCUCGGUCACACAGUCUCGGAAUUUGUUUCAAAAACAAAGGAAAAAGUGAGCAAUUACUUUACGGAGCGUUUUCCGUUUAAAGAACAGGAACUGCUCAGAUCCUUCAUUUACGACGUUGAACAACAGGCCCUUGACUCAAUUAAGGGCAAACCUGUCGCUACAGAAGGCUACAGUGCAACUCACUUGCAAGAAGUGGCCAACAAUGUAAAGCGAAGAGUGACACAAUUUGAAUCACAAAAGAAAUAUGCUCUAAAGAAGGAGUUCACAGUGGAUCUCUUACUGUAUGUAUUUCACAGAGCAUGGAGCUGGCUGUCAGAGUCCCACAAGGAAUUCAAAGUGAAAAAUGAUGCACACUCCUAUGUGGAAAGCAAGAAAGAGCACUACUACAGCAUUUUCAAAACAUGCUGCAAAGGAAGCUCAUCUGCUGUUGUGCUUGGAGAACUGAUCUGUGACAAGCUGAAGAGUUCCACUGUUAAGGCCGUCUGUAACAGGACUUCCAAUGAUCUCGCUAAUGUGAUGAAGAGCAAUUUCCCAGCAUUCAAUGGGAACAGGUCCAAAUUUGAGAAACAUAUGUUGAAGUCACUUGCAGACAAAGAGGACUUUAACAACUUCAUCACCUACAUCCGAAACCCAAAGGAGCAAGCUAAGUCAUAUAUAAGAGAAGCAGUACAGGAAUACAUCUUCAAAGACGAAAAAGAGAAAGCACUGGAAACAUUUAAGAAAAAUGUUGAAGAAGUCAAAAAAGAGGUGAGUGGAGCUUUACUUACUGCAACAGAGAAGGAAAAGCAGAGAGGAAAAGAAGGAGGCCUAAACAUGUGGGUGAAGGAAUUUGUCAGUUUGCUAGAAGAUGAGCUAACAUUCAACACGGAUUGUUGUCAAAGCUUCAGUGACAUAAAGGACUUUGACUUUCUUAAACAAGAGAUAGAGAAGGGUCACGUAUCCAUCAUAGAGGAGUUGAACAGCCUCUCCCUGGAUGAGAUCAAGAAAUUCCAGCUGAAGCCUGAGCAAAUGCACAUCGAUCAACUGGAAAGCUACUGCUGGGAAAAGUGUCCGUUCUGUUCGGCCGUUUGCACCAACACCGUAACUAAUCACGACGAGAACCACAGCGUGCCUUUUCAUCGAAGUUCGGCAGUAAUUGGUUGGCAUAGAACAAACACUGUGGAAUUUGCUAUUGAGUUCUGCACAACAUAUGUUGCAAGUGAUAUGAGUUUCCACCCAACUGGUGAUAAAAAAGUGAGCAUUCCCUAUAGAAAGUACCGAACUGCUGGCCCACCUUACGAUGAAUGGGACAUUACGCCUGAUCAUUCUGCGCUGGAAUAUUGGAAAUGGUUUGUGUGUCAAUUUGAGAAGAAACUGGAGGACCACCAUAAAUUAAAAUUCCAGAAGAGUGGUCAAAUUCCAAGUCAGUGGAAAGAAUACUCUAAGAAUCAAGCUCUUAAAAGUUUGGAUAAUCUGUGAGGAAGCCAAUACAACCACAACCCUGCUGAAAAUCAUCAGACUUGUUUUCACUCGAUUCUUCAAUCAUCAGAGUCUGAAGAAACAACAUUCAGUGACCUUUGAUUAUCUUACCAUUGACAGGGGAAGUUGUGUGAGUUGGGUUAGGGGACAGAUCAAUGAAUUAUGACCAACUACAUGUGAUUCAUGGGACACAGAUAUCAGAUCACUUGAUGCAAACUAAAACUUAAAAGAAAAGAGCGUAAGAACAAUAGUAAUAUGGAGAAUCUAUCGUCAUUAAAACAUUCUCACAAUCAGAAUAUUAAUAUCAAAUCAACGACUCAUCCACAAAGUUGGUCUGUGCGGAUGUCUGUAAAUGGAAAUUGUUUUCAUGAAGUAACAGAGCAAAGAGUUUUGAGAAGGUGAGCCAUAUUUCUUUGUGAACCUGUACAAUUAAUGUCUUUACAUUGCAAGUGGACAUGCUGUCAUGAGUAUUGCAUGUUUGUGUUUUGGCAUGCCGAAGCUUUUGUGAAGGAAUGUGUUCUGUUAAGAUGCUGAUGAGCUUAUAAGUAUAACAUCUGAGUAUAACCUUAAGUGAUUUUUAUUCCUAUCUACCAAUCCGUUGUUAUAUCCACGCAUGUGAGUUUUGUUGUUUUUCAUUCUAUUUGUGAGCCAAUAUAACCACGGCACUACUGACAAUCACAAGACUUGUUUUCACAUAAUUAUUCAUUAAUCAUUCAUCAGUAUUUGAAGGGUUAAGUUGUGUUAUGUUUAUCUCCUUUCAACCAAUCUAUUAUUAUAUCCACACAGUUAUGAGUUGCAUUGUUGUUGUUGUUUAGAAACUUACUGUCUCCUACCUUCUGAUAUCCAAGAGUGAUGUAAACAGAUGUAAACAACGUAAGUCAUUGAGAAGAAAUCUUUUAAGUGUAACCUGUCAUGGUACAAUAAAAUAACUUGUUCAUAUCUA